GCAAUGUCGUUGAGCGCGAUCAAGAGAAUCAAGAGAUGUGACAAGCCAAGCGUCACUCACUCACGAGAUUGGAUUUUCUGUCCAUCCCUCUUUCUUUUUCCGUUGCAGAGAGAUGGACCUAUAUAGUGAACACAUCAUCACCGGCGCAUAUUGAGAAGUUCCAUCGAUAUGAAGGUGAUGGUUGUAGUUUCAAGUUCCAGCUAUUGAAGGUUUAACCGAAGCGGUACAAGAAUUUCUUCAAUCAUCUCGCAGCUCAACGAAGCGGACGAAGCGGUGCAACCGCAGCAGCAUUCAGUACUUUCGAUUCUUACCAUCAAUGCGGGGAUCGUGAGGAGCAUUGGAGUGUCAACCACUAUUUACUUCUCCGGAAUAUUUUUGGAGUUAUCAGAGAAGAUCCUUCUCCUUGCUGGAGUAGAGCAGAGGUCGCUGGCCUGGCGUUUAUAGCGCGCCGGUCUUUCUUCCAAUCCAGCGGAACAACGGAAGCUGGAGCUAUGUCUUCCGCCACUGCUACUGGCUGCGCUGUUGAAGAUGGCGAUGAGAUUUCCAAGCUCUUGAGCUUCACUCAUCCGGAGCUCCGGGGCGGAAGCAGGCCUUUGAAGCACAGCUUCUCGCCGAGGCAGAUGAAAGUUCUUAACGCCAUUUGUGACACUCUGGUGCCGUCGCUGCCCGUGGAAGCGAGCAAGCAAGACAAUUCAGCCAAAGCGAAGUUUUUCGAGCUCUCAGCGUCCGAGUCAGGCAUCGUUCCGGAGGUCGCUGGGAUGAUCUGCGCGUGGACGACUGCUCAGCAGUACUUUCUGAUCUACAUAGCUUUCCUGAUGCUGUCCACUCGCCUGGGGACUCUUCUACUUGCGGGCUUCAGCUGCGUCACCACAGAGUUCCCGUUCGUGCAGCCUUUUCCCCUCCUGGAGCUCGGAAAACGCGAGAAGAUCCUCCUCACCUGGUCUCGAAGCAUCUUUCACAAGCUCCAGAUGCUCUUCAAAGUCGUCAAGUGCUACACCCUCUUCAAGUUCUAUUCCAGGGCUGACAAGAAGGGACGAAACCCCGCGUGGAAGGCCAUUGGCUACGAGGUCCCGGAGCCAGUCCUGGAACACCAAGAGCCGCUUCCAAGCCCUCUGGAGCGCAGGCUCGUGGAUGCCAAAGCUCCAGACUUCCAGUCCCGGCUGGCGGAGCUGGGCUGCGCAAUGCUGGACAACGUCGACCAUCUAGAGGAAAGAAACGAUCCUUCUACCGCCAGCGGCAAGGACUUCGGGAUAAAAUGCGACGUGGUGGUGGUAGGCUCUGGUUCCGGAGGCUCCGUCAUAGCCGCGAGGCUCGCGCAGCAGGGAUUCAAGGUGGUGGUGCUAGAGAAAGGUGGCUACUUUCCACGCCGGGGCCUCUCGCUGCUCGAAGGUCCGUCCAUGAAGGCCAUGUACGAGCAAAGUGGAGCUCUCACAACGGAGGAUGGCUCGGUGAUUCUCCUGGCCGGGACAACUCUAGGCGGGGGCUCGGCCGUCAACUGGGCCGCAUCGCUCAAAACUCCAAAACACGUGCUGGACGAGUGGACGUCCCUGGGGCUGGAGGACCGUUUCGGGGGGCCCGAGUACCAGCACGCGAUGGAGGCCGUCUGCCAGAGGCUUGGCGUCCAGGACGUCUGUACGGAAGAGAGCUUCCAGAACCGGGUGCUGCGGCGGGGCUGUACGAAGAAGGGAUAUUCCGUGGGGGACAUCCCGCGGAACGCCGCGCGGGAUCAUGGCUGCGGCUUCUGCGGGUUCGGCUGCCCGGCGGCCGCCGCGGUGAGGAAGCAAUCGGCGUGUGACACAUGGCUCUGCGACGCCGCCACGGCGGGCGCUGUGGUUGUGACGGGCUGCCGGGUGGACCGCAUUCUCACCGCGCCGCAGGGUGGGCAGGGGGAGAGGUCGUACAGGGCCCGGGGUAUAUCCUCUCGGGCGGGGGAGGCUCGCUUCUACGUGGAGUCGCGCGUCACGGUGGCGGCGUGCGGCGCGCUCUUCACUCCGCCGCUGCUCCGCCGGAGCGGCGGACGGAACCCCCACAUUGGCCGCCACCUGUCGGUGCACCCGGUGGUAGCGGCGUGGGGCUACUUCCCGCGGGAGGAUAUUCUGCCGGGCAACAGCUACACGGGCGGGAUCAUGACUGCCUUCUCCAGCGAGGCGGCGCGGUGGGACACCACGGGGUACGGCAGCAUUCUAGAGACGCCAUGUGUACACCCUGGCAAUUAUGCAGUGCUGGCGCCCUGGAGAUCCGGCGUGGAUGCCAAGCGCCAGAUGCUCAGAUUCCCGCGGACGGCCACGAUCAUCGUCCUCAACCGCGACCGGGGCAGGGGGACCGUCGAUGAGACGCCCGGCGGGAAGCUCAUUUUGGAAUAUCCGCUCUGCUUCUCGGACAGGGAGAGCCUCGUGGAGGGGACCGAGCUCGCGGUGAGGGCGCUGGUGGCGGCCGGGGCGGAGGCGGUGGGAUUACACUCCGUUGCUGGCGAGAUCUUCUCGGUGGAUCAAUCUUGGACGCCUCUGCAGCGGGAGAAGGAACUGGAGAUUUUCUUGAAGCGAGUGCUGGGGAGAAUGUUUCAGAGGCUGUCCACGCCGAUCAUAUCUGCCCAUCAGAUGGGAAGCUGCCGGAUGGGCACAGAUCAGCGCUGCUCGGUGGUAGAUCCCAAUUGCGAGAGCUGGGAGGUGGAGGGGCUGUUUGUGGGCGAUGGUAGCGUCUUGCCCACUGCGUCGGGAGUGAAUCCCAUGAUCACGAUCCAGUCGAUCGCUCAUUCCACCGCCACUCGCAUCGCAAGAUCUCUAGCAGCACGAUGAAGAAGCCAAGUCACGCGGAAGUCAGCACUCCUCGCAAUGGGUGCCUCGUUUUCUUCGCGAUUAAAAUGCCUCACACCGAUCACGCGGAGGAUAGGACAAUUGUUAUUUAAUCAGGAUGAUAUUUUUCAAUCAAGCUGCCAAACACCAUGGAUCUGCUGAAAUGGAACUUUACAUUGUUUGGGACACACAAAUAGAGAUCCUUCACAAAGGUUUCAUUGC